UGGGGAUGGUGCAGGGUGUCUGGUGGGCGAGGGUGAUGGUGAAGAUGGGUGAUGUGGGUGUCUGGUGUCUCAGGGAGGGGUGUUGGUGCAGUUGCCUUCGGUGAUGGUGCAAGUGUCUCUGGUGGGCAGGAUGUGUUGGUAAUUGGGUGUGUGGCACCGUGUCUAGAUGAGCCUGAGACUGAGUGUCCAUUUUCUCUCUCUCUUACAGGUCAGCACCAUGCCCAGGCCAAUCAGAUCAUGGAGGUUUCACCUCCGGAGGUCAAGGCCAAGUGUUACCUCUCCCUUCCACCCAACAUCAAUAACUCUCCCUUCUCCGUCUUCAUGAGGUCUCACUUCCAGGAGCCCAACUUCCCUGCCCUUGGACAGCCCCUGCAGCAGCCCUUAACCCGACUGGAGGGCAAGGACAUGCAGAGUGCUCUGGAGAUCAACAAACUGAUCCUGCGGUUCGUCGGGGACAGGAACCUCCAGAGCUGGCAGGAAGUGCUCCUGGGUAACUACAUCGCCAGCCGAGGGCUGGGCAACCCGGCCCUACGCAACGAGAUUCUGAGUCAGGUGGUCAGCCAGGUGUGGAAGAACCCAGACACAGAGCAGAGCCAGCGAGGCUAUGAUCUGAUGGCUGCCCUCCUGAGUGCAUUUACCCCUUCACCAGCAUUGGAGAAACCCUUGCUGAAGUUCGUGUCAGACCACGGGCUGGAAGGCUACAAUGCUGUUUGCCAGCGCAAGAUCCUCACGGCAAUGCAGCAGACAGAUAUGGACCCCGAGGUCUCCCGUGCCCAUCCUCCCACUCUGUUGGAGUGGACUGCUAACCAGAGGAGAGGGAAGAUGGUGCUGGAUGUUUUCACCUAUAAUGAGGAAACAUUCUCUGCUGAAGUAGAGUCCUGGACAACAGGGGAACAGUACGCAGGCUGGAUCCUGAGUUCAAGGGGUUUGGAUAAGGAGCCUCGAGGGUGGUCCGUCUCCAUGCUCACAGGCGAGGUGUGGCAGGACCUGCCCGGCUGUGACUUCAUGCUGGAUCUCAUUGGAGAGAUGGAGGAGGCUGGCCACCCUUCCCUGUCCUCGGCUGACUAUCCCAUCACACCCGAGUGGGAAGGGAGCCCAUCCCGGAGCACCUCUCUGGACAUGAUGGACUGGGACAUCCCUCCUGCACCAGGCAUUCAGGCUCCAUCUCUCCCUCCUCCCUUUCUGCCUCCAUCCUUGGACGCUGAGAGCACCUACUCAGAGCUGGGAGUCCAAGGCGUCCCGAGGACCCCAAAAGGCCUAGAGCACUAUGUGGAUGACCUCUUCGACCCAGUGCUCCAUCAAGGGUCCAGAGUGCCAGAUAUGGAAAAUGGCAGGAGCCUGGCUGGACGCAUGAAAGGAGGUGGAAAAAUUGGACCCACCCAGCAAGGAGCCUUUCCUUCUGCAGGCUACCCUGGAAUGAUGCAAGUACCAGCUUACCAACCCAUGCCAAUGAUGGGUGGAAUGAUGCCAGCACCCAUGCCAAUGAUGCCAGCACCCAUGCCAGCUAUGGUUGCGCCCCAGCCAAUGGUCCCAGCUGUGGAUCCCAAUCAGCUUGCAGCACAACAGCAAGCCUUUAUCAACCAGCAGGCCCUGCUCAUGGCUCAGCAGAUGACCCUUCAGGCCAUGACAAUUUCCCAGCAGCAGCAGCAGCGACAGAGGUCUCCUGAGCCCUCAAGGCCAAGACGAGCCUUGACUCCCCAACCAGCUCCAGCUCCAGCUCCAGCUCCGGCCCCAGCUCCAGCUCCUAAACCAAAGAGAACCAAUAACAGCAAGAAUGCUGCACCAGCAGCUAAGACACCGGAGCCCCCGGCUGAUGCAGCAGAACCGAUCCAUGACUACCCGGAAGAACAGCUGACAGACAGCGAUGAGGACUCAGUCUUUCAAGACACCUUCCAGCAGAAGCGAGAGUACUUCCAGAAAAUGGGACAGCAAAAAAUCCAAUUGAAGAAAGUCAGGCCCCCUUCCAAGAGCUGGACCCCUCAAAGAAAUCCACAGCAGGAGGAAGAGAGGUCCAGCCCAGAACCAGAGACAGCCCCAGCACCCCCCUCGCCACCUCCCGUGCCAAAGCAGAAAGUGCAAGAGAAGAAAGCAAAGAAGGAGCCACGCCCUGUGGUGGCUGCAGACCUGGCGCCAAAGAGAGAGCCCAGCCGGGAGAUCCACAACAUCAUUAAGAUGUACCAGAGCCGGCCAGCCCCAGAGCCACAGCCCAUCGUGCCCGUCAGGAGGCCGUCCAAAUCCUUCCUGAAGAAGAGCGACCCCAAGAACGAAGCUCUGGCCAAGCUGGGGAUGGCGAGCCCUCAGCCCCCCAAAUCGCCCUCCUCGCUGAACAAGAGCCCCAGAGGGGCUCCGCCCCCUCCGCCUACCAAGAAGGGCCAGACCGCCACAUCCAUCAGGGAAAAGCAGCAGCCUCUCAUGCACCUCUUUGGUCAGCAGCCGACCUCUCCCGUUGCUUCCCUCAUCCCUCCACCUCCCCCAUUCCUACCCCCACCCCUUCCGCCUGCUGACCAAGCCACGCAGCAAUCUGAGCCGAAAGGCUCUGCUUGGACAAUGGCAGAAGAAGAUGCCAGCAUCAAGACACAGCUCUACAAGCUCACUGCCAGCGUCAGCUUCUCAUACGCCUCCACACCCUGGAAAAUCUUCCUCCGCAAAGAGGUGUUUUACCCCAAAGAAACCUUCAGUCACCCGUAUUGCUUGAACCUGCUGUGUGAGCAGAUCAUGCAAGACACUUACUCAGAGUCCUGCGUCCGGAUCUCCAAGGAGGAGAGGCGCAAGAUGAAAGACUUAUUGGCAGAGUUCCAGGUCGGCACAGAUGCCACCUCCAUUCUAGAGGAUGGGAUAAAGAAGAGGAUUGUGGUGGCUGCUCGGGAUAACUGGGCGAACUAUUUCUCUCGACUCUUCCCGGUUAAGGGGGAAAGAGGAAGCGACGUCCAGCUCCUUGGGGUUUCUCACCGGGGAAUCCGGCUGCUGAAGAUGGCAAAAGCAGCCAGCUUCAGCCCUGAAUACCUGAAAAUCCUUUGCAGCUACAGUUUUGCAGACAUGCUGUCGGUGGAGCUGAAGGGCAGCAGCAGCCUGGAGUUCUCCCUGAAGAACGAGCAGCUGAUCCUGCAUUCGGCAAAGGCUCGGCAGGUCAAGGCCAUGGUGGAGCUUUUCCUCCGGGAGCUGAAGCAGGACUCCAACUACGUCAUUGCUCUGCGCAGCUACGUCACAGAUGACAAGAGCCUCUUGAGCUUCAAAAAGGGCGACCUAAUCCAGUUACUGCCCAUGCAGGGGCUGGAGCCAGGCUGGCAGUUUGGCUCCAUUGGCAGCCGCUCCGGCCUCUUCCCCUCCAGCAUGGUGCAGCUGGCAGCAGCCCCCGAUUACUUCAGCACCCACAUGAACAGACAGGAGAGGCUCCAGAAGAGCCUGAAAAGAGACCACCUGGAGACGAGUGUUAGCAGGGAGAGCUCUGUUCCCAGCCUGGCAUCGGAAAUCACCAGCUCUGCCUUCUCCUCAGACGCCCACCACUACACCAUGGUGGAGUUUGCCAUGGCACACUUCCGGGAGGCUCAGUCCACGCUGGGAUGGAAGGGGAUGAGCGCGGAGAGGAGGAGCCCAGCUGCCCUGGUCGAGCACACCAAGGUCCCAAUCCAGGAGUCCCUGCUUCAGUACUCGGACAGCGAGAUGAAUGAGCUGGCUAGGAAGAGCUUCAUGACUUUGAUGAGGUUCAUGGGAGACCAGCCCACCCUCAAGAACCAGGCUGAGAUCGAUUACAUCUAUGAGAUUCUUCAGCUCUGCAAAGAGAAGGAGAACCUGCGCGAUGAGGUUUACUGCCAGGUCAUCAAGCAGAUCACGCAGAAUCCCAAGCUGGAAAGCUGUAUCCAUGGCUGGCAGCUCCUGAGCCUGCUCACUGGCUUCUUCCUUCCCUCCAACACCUUGAUGCCAUACGCCACCAAAUUCCUGCAGCAAGCCAGCACCGAUCCAGCCAGCACCCACCAAGAUCUAGCCAGGACCUGCUAUGGCAACCUGCGGAAGAUGAUCAUGUACGGCGGCCGCCGGCACCUGCCCUUCCGCGUGGAGAUGGAAGCACUCCUGAAGGGGCGUGGCUCCCGCCGGAUGGUGAUCGUCCUGCCCGGGGCCCUGGAAUACAUCACCAAAAUCAAGACAUUCACUGUGGCUGCGGAAGUGGUGCAGGAGAUCUGUGAGCAGAUGGGGAUCAACGAGCAGGAGGAGAUCCAGGAGUUCGCUCUCUUCGCCAGCAAGAACGACGGGAAGGUGGUGAGGCCGGUGCGCCAGUACGAAUACAUCCAUGACUACCUGCUGGAGGACAGCUCUGUGAUCUUGGAUUUACGCCGGCUCUCCUGGAAGACACCCCUGCACUUCGAGAACGAGAUUUAUAUCAGCGUUCACUACAGCCAGGUGCAGCAGGAUUACCUGAAAGGGAAGCUCUUGCUGAACUACAACAGUGAACUGGAGAAGCAGGUGGGCACCAUGGCCCUUUUCCAACACUGGGCCAGAGGACUGGGCUCCCCACCAUCCAAUCAGGAGUUGAUGGACUAUGCCCCAAUGCCCGUGCUCCAGCUCAUCAACCCACAGGCUCUCCAAAGCCAAGUCAACUGGCUGAUGGAAACCAUGAAGCCACUCGGACAGCAGGAGGCAAAAAUCCAGUUUGUAGAGCAUGUGAUCCAACUGCCCCUCUUCGGCUACAACGCGUACCCCGUGGAGCGGUGCAGCGAGCCCAGGAUUCCUCUACCCUGCGUCCUUGGAGUGAAUAGGGACCAGAUCGUCAUUGUGGACAGCAGGUCCCAGGAGCUCUGCUGCCGCAUCCCGCUGAAGGAGGUGCAGAGGAUGCGAACCUUGCGGCCUUUGGACGACUCUGGGGUGCCGGGUCUGGAAGUGAACUAUGGCUCUGUGGACAAUCCUCAGACCAUGUGGUUUGAACUGCACCAGGCCAAGGAACUGUACCACACAAUCACAGUCAUCAUGGAGGAAAGGGAGUCUCAGCCCUAGAGAGCCAGGCUGGAAAAUGGCAAAGCAGAACAGGGCCGUCCUCAGCUUGGACAGCUGAUCAACCACUCCUCACACUGGCCUGUGGCAGGGCUAGUCCCAUUCACCAUCCUGCUCUCCAGCCGCCUUGUUCUAGCAGCACACUCCCCUCUCCUGCUUUCCCAGGCUGCCACUCCCUUGCCAGCCUGUCGUCCAAGCUGUUCGGUCACAUUAUUUCUGCACCACCAGGUGCCAGAACCUGGACCUCCACCGUAGUGCUGCUCCUCAUCCCCUCCCGCCCCAGGCUUGGUUCGCACGUCGCUCCCAUUCAGAGUCCUUUGGAGUUGUGUGGUCUCCGCAGCCAGAGCAGAGCCGGAAAUGCAACAAGGCCCUGGUCUUUUUCACAAGCUACUACAAGCAAGUGGGGAGGAGCAGACCGGGGACUUCAAGGUACAGCACUGCAGUCCUUUUCUGCACUAACAACAAACUCACACAUGGCAGCAGCAGGGGCGUCUGGUACUUGUAUCUUUUUCUUGGUGAUGCGAAAUCUCUGACAACUCCAUCUACUGGCAUUAAAUUCCUGAGAGCGGCCUCUUUGUGGCAGCUCUUUGAUAUUAUCACAGAGCUGGUCAGUGAGUGUCAAUAUGCAGUUACGAUGUGUGUCAAGGCAGACACUGAACUGCAAUGGUAAGACUGUUGACGGCUACUCGAUUUCUUACACUAUGCAGAUGGCCAGUAUGUUUCUUUUUCUUUCUAAGCUGAAGAACUCAGUCUGACUGUACAGCUGUAUAUUUAAAUGUCUGAUUGCCCAGUGAACUAAGAUACAAAUUGCCCUCCUCAACAGAGGGGGGGGAAUCAGAAUGUAAAAAUAAAUCCUUAAUUUAUUUUAUUACUGUCCAUCUCCAGCUGGGGGAGAGGUGUUUGUGCUUCUGUGGGGGAAAAAAAAAAUCAAUGAAAUAUUUAAUAACCAAUAAAUUAUUAAAGUCUUGGUUCCUUCCAGUUUUUGGAGCUAUGAAAAUAAAACUGUUGGCUUCCAUGUGCACUAGGCAAAGAGGCUGUUCUGUCAGUGGGGGCUCAAGGGCACUUUUGGGGGCAUUUGAAAAGCAUGAGCAGGCUGGGAAUGAACAUGGCCCCUUGGACCAGCUGUUGAAAGCCAGCCUUGAUGCUCAGCACAUGAACAUUGGCCACCCACUAGGAAUUCACUGGGGAUAAUGUGAAGUGAGUUGGCAAAGGCAGCAGUUCCUGGUAGCCAAGUGUCCAUAUUGUAACUAACACCAACAACUACAGGGGCAUGGAGACUAAAAGGUCUUCCUUGCUGCUACUGUCUCUCAGUUUGAGCCAUGAAUGAAUCUUGCACUCUAGCAGCCCAUGCUCCAGCUGCCCCAUGGCUGACUUUUCCAGGGGCAUGACAACCUCUUGCAGGGGGGAAGGAAGAAAGGGAGCCUCAGCUGGAGAGUGCUAUAGUGCAGUGUCAAAGUGCACAUUCAGUCCCCAGCAGCCCAUGUGCUAAGAGGGUUGUCCGCUUUGUCAGAGCGCUUAAAUGGCUUCCUGAUUCGCUGGCACUAGAAGCCAGGAGUUCUGUUGGCUGGUCCUCUCCCUAAGCAAAGUGCAAUGUUAACUAUUAAAUACAGCAUAGUAUAAAGUAUAGCAUUAACCAUUAGCAGAAACAAAACUAUCCUCAGGGCAAUUCAACCUUCACCUUUGAAGUGGCCCCCACUGCUUUAGACCUGUUGCCUGUAUAUUCUCUACCUCCCACCCCAAAACACACACACACAGGCAGGAGGCAGUUCUAACAAACUGGCCCCACCCUCCCUUCUCCCAGGGCCUUGGAAGGGGCGGGUGCAGCACCAGGGCACUGUGAAAGACUAGAAGGAGGAAGAGAAACAGGACACUUGACAGCAGAGGAAAGAGAAGCUCUGGGUCUAACACUCUCUGCCAGUUCUCUUCUUAUAAACCUAUCAAUCUCCCUCACCCACCCCAGGGGGCGCCCUAUGCGUUUCCUGGCUGGAGUCCCUCGUCAGCAUGGAAGGAGGCAACUUCUCCUACCCCUUUCAGCCCUCAAGAGCGGUACAGAACACUAACAGAAGUGAACCACUAGGAUCCCAUGGACUCACAAGCUAUGGCCAGAGUACCUCUGAGGACUAAAAGCAGGUAGACAACUGAACACCCCCCCGCUGCUGGGAAGUCUUGGCUAAGCACAGGGAGGCAAUCCUCUACUCCCAGGAAGAGUUCCAGGGGAUUUUUAAUGGCAAUGCAAAGAUCCUAGUCCACAAUAAUAAUAGCAUGUAAAGUACUUACCUUACUGCAGCACAACAGGCUGCUAUGCCUGGGAGGUGACCAUGCAGUUCUGGAGCAUCGGGGGUGUUGAAAGCGACUACUCAGCAAAAUCACGCAAGCUGCUGCAGCUCAAGCAGCAAGGGCACAGAUAAAAGCAGAAACGUCUGAGACACGCUGCACCACUAACUCAUUUUACACCACCCCUCAAAAACUAACAGGAGCUAGAGCUACUGGAAACUCGGGCUAGCUGCCAGUGGAGGCUGGCUCUUCGAGGUCUGCACAGAGAUUCCAGCUAGCAACUAACUACUUCUAGAGGAAGAGAAGAAUUGUGUGUUCCGAACACGACUGCCCAUUCUUAGCCACCGGCUCCUAACAUUCAGUUCAUCAGUUGGUGGUUCAAGGGACCAGUGACUCUGCUUUUACCCAGGUGUUCACGGUGUAAUGCUCCGUGCGUGCUCAGUAAGAUAACCAGGAGCAGCAGCGCACGUCACAUGUAAUGAAACAGCAGGAACUAGGCAAAUAGAGCCCAUCGCAACUGUGACGUUCAGUUUAUUGUCAGUUUACCAUGCACCCUUCGGUAACAUAGAAAAGCCCAGUUUCCCCGAGUACAAACUAUUCAGAAGCCUGUUCCAUUCCUGGCUUCUAAGAUUGCAGGUUGAUCCAGCAGCAUUAAUGCCAGCAAGGCCAAUAUCUUCUCUAGGCAUAGAGCAAAGGCAGAGCCCCAUAAAAACUAAAUGUGAAAGACAAUCCUGGGCACACUAGGGUCAUGUUACAACUCACCGACUGUCCAGUUCAGGCCCUCGCAUAAAUAUAGCAGCAGAUGCACCACAGCUACUGGAUCUACGAGUGCCACAGCAGCGGGUGGGUAAUUGGCCAUACCAGCAGCAGCAUCCUCGGUCCUAAGUCCCUGGUUUAGGCACAGUGAGAGGAUAUGGCUUCCAGGGGCUAUGAGCAAAUACUAGGGAAGUGCAUCGACUUUGAUGCUGCCCCUUAUAAUGACAACCAAGGAGGAGUGUGGGGGGGGAGAGAGCUGCCAGUCUGUCCAGGCUAAGGCACUAAUGCCCACGCCAGUUAACGAGCACACACAGCUGGCCAGAGAAAAGCCAAACUUCAAGGUGGUUUUUAAAAAGGAAAAAAAAAAAAA